CCUAAUACUGUAAUUAAGGGUGUUAGUUACUUUAGAACCUGAUGUCAGCAGUUAAAUUUUAUCUGCUGGGCUCAUGGCAUUGUCUCCGGAAUAUUCUGUACCUUCGUUAGACGAGACGUUUGCGAGUUUUAUUUUUCAAUAACGACUUGUUAAAUUACUCACCAGAGAUUAACAAGAAUAGGCAUUGCUGUUUUUUGAACCGAUACACCUUAAAAUGUGAACUUAUCGUAAUUCAUAAUCUCACCACAAGAUAUUUUCCACGUGACUUGUCUGGAAAGAAAACUUGAAUUUAAAAUAUCAGAUAGAAUAUCUAGACUUCCCUGAGCUUAAAAUGAUAGCAAUUGACUUCUCUUGGCUUUGGCAGACCAGUGUUCGGGAAUUUCCACGCAGUAAAGCCUGUAACGUUUGGACUGUAUUUCUUUUAUUCCCAACAGUUCUCUUGACGCUUACAAUUCUUUCCACAAUUCAACAAUCUCCAAUCUGCAAUCUGUCCUAGACGUUCUUUAGUUCGCUCUUAAGUACACAUAGCUUUAUUCUAAUGUUACGCUUAUAUCUUGAAAAUCAAUCUUAUUAACUCAGUGCCCCAUCCAGUCCCUGUGUUCAGAUCACGUUUCUCUGAGUCACGUUAUAAAUUUGCAUGACAACUAUUUCCCUAGGCAAGUUGCGUUACUUGAUAAAUGUUUUUCCGACAAUCAGUCAAGUGAACUUUCGCGCCAAAAUCCGAACACAGUUAGCAUGGAUUUAUCGAGUAGUGAACAUGUUUUUUUGGUUAACAAGAGAGGGCCUAAUAAGUGUACAUGUAGACGAACGUGAUACACGAAAAAUUCAAACCAGGAGAUCCAUAACACAUCCUGUGUAUACGAACGAGCGAGCCCCCCAGCUCUAGCACUAGCGAGAAAACUGUCAAAUUAGUUUAUUGGCCGGUUAAAGUAUCUUUUCUGUGGACGCCAAUGUCAUCAGUUGCAAUGUUGGUAUCUAGGAGGAGGGGAGACGUGUUUCCUAACAAAUCAUAUGGAAAACGAAUAUUCUUGUCAAAUUUGUGAAAAUGCUCCAUGUGUUCUUUUGUAUCAGAAGGAAACCCCUCAGGCGGUCCGCCUCGCCCGAUUUCCCAUCGACUGAUUUCUUUGUAGGACACCACCGAAUCGUGACAUCCUCUUGAAAUAGUUCAACACUGUUCUUCUCACUUUUAGGAAAGCGCUGUAUCAAAGCGAGGCCUGGUGCAACAACCAUCCAAACUGAGUUUAAUUUGCGUGUUAGUGAAAGCUCAUUUUCAUAUUAAUGAUCAUGAAGGGACGGGCAACAAGACUCCCUUUGAGAAUGAGGCUUAAGGUAGUUCGGAAAUGGCCUUCUUGUUUUACGUUCGAUUUACAUAAAUGUGAGUGAUGUGACCAGCCUCCUUUAGAAGAAAUAUAUUAAAUAUUUUCGCCGCUUUCUACUGGUUUGAAUGAUAGAGCGUGACCGACGUCAAGUGUUUAUGCUGUAAUGAAAUGUAAGUUGUGAAUAAUUAUUGAGCACAUCCUGUACGUAUUGCUACUGGUGUCGAUUGGAGAACGAAGACCUACCUGAAGGUUGAACUUUUUUGAAAAACUAAGGAUUCAGUCAUCAUGGAAAAUACUGAUUCGAUGAUAAAACGGAAAUCCACUCCAGGGGCUAGCACUUCGCUGAUGUUGUGGAAGGUUCUUGCCAUCGUGUUCAUUGUGAUAAGCAUAGCACUCUUGAUUGCUUUGAUAGUGGUGGCAACUAAGAAGGGAAAAAGCGAUGAAAACCAAGAAAAUGGCUCCCGUGUUGCCGUAAGUAUGGAGUCCUGUGGAGAAGGCAUGUCCAGUUCCGAUGACUCACCCAAGUCUGCUGGUGUUUUUGAUGACCUGACGAUCGAAGAGAUCACCGCCGUUCGAGACUAUCUGCUGGAACAACGAGAACUGAACCUUACGGAAUAUGUAGAUGCAACUGUGGACAGCAACUACAUAUAUUCAAUACAGUUUUUACCACCGUCCAAAGAUGAGGUCCUCGAAUUCCUCGACAACGAUGGUCCCAAACCUGAGCGAAGAGCUGUCGCUGUAGUGUUUCAUGGUGCUACCGACCCCCCGGUGGUGAGGGAAUACGUAGUGAGUGCGGUGGCUAAUCCCACUCAGCAUGUUGUACGCAAAGUGCCUGGUGGCCAGAAAGAAACGGUCCACUUCAAUGCCAGGCCUUUUGAUAGCGGUGUAGAGUACAAGAUAAUGUAUUACGCGAUGGCAAUUGGUGUUGCUCCUAAGCUACAAAAGCUGAUGAACGAAAGCUAUGAUGGGUAUACACUCCAAUGCACAAACAACAAGAAAUGCCUGUACUUUCUUGAGACAGCUCCACUGGGAUUCACGGCGGAAGAUCGUUACUCUUGGAUUUAUUUCAUUCGCGGAGACUUCAUUGGUCACUACUUUUAUCCGAUAGACUUACAUAUCCUAUUAGAUCACGGUGGAGCAAAUGCUUUCAAGUGGAAAAUACUCAAAGUAAUCUACAAUAAUCAAACUUUUGACUCCGUUGAUGAGUUAGCGGCCAAAUACGCGAACAAUACCAUAGAAAAAAUCAAGAUACCGGCGCCAAAAGGCGAUGAUGAUACAUUGUUUUCGAGCUACGAGCGACGAGGUACUCCACAGCCGUCUAAGCCCAUGAGAGGCCCUGAACAAUACCAACCUGAUGGCCAGCGAUAUACUGUGAAAGGCCACCAUAUUAGCUAUAUGUCGUGGUCUUUUGACUUCAGAAUGGACUCCAAUAGUGGAAUACAGCUUUACGAUAUCCAGUUCAACGGAGACAGAAUCGUAUACGAGCUCAGCCUUCAGGAGGCGGCCGCCACAUACGCAGGUUAUUACCCACUCCCGUCUUGGAAUAACUUCAUUGACGGGGCGUGGAAAAUGGGACAGAGCAGCUAUGAGAUGGUCCUUGGAGUGGAUGUCCCAGAAACAGCUUCCUGCUUUGAUCUGGUGCACAUGAUCGGAAUGGAAAGUCCGAAAACCUUUCGCAACGCUGUCUGUGUGUUUGAACUGAAUGAUGGAAUUCCACUGCGUCGACAUUACGAUAACAACUUUGUGAAUGGGUACAGGUUCUACGGUGGAAUGGCCAAUCAGGUAUUAAUUCUGCGCACGAUUGCCACGGUAUAUAACUAUGAUUAUUUGUUCGACUUCAUAUUUUACCAGAACGGCGUCAUAGAAGUUAAAAUGUCAGCCUCUGGCUAUAUCUAUGGUUCCUUUUACGACGCUAAUAUGCAUCCAUACGCUUAUCCACUGCACGAGCAUUUCACAAGCGGUACACACGAUCAUCUGAUCAACUACAAAGUUGACUUAGACAUCGGCGGACGAAAGAAUUCAUACGAGACCAUCGAAAUUGGUAUUGAAAACAUCACUGAGCGCUGGUUCCCCAACAGAAGACGUGUGCAGAAAGUUCUAAAACGAAGCGUGAAGACAACGGAGUUGGAGGCUGCGUAUAAGUUUAACUUCGACCACCCAAAGUACUUGAACUUCUUUAAUGACGCCGAGGAGAACAGGAUGGGUGUAAAAAAGGGGUAUCGCAUACAGCUGGAAUCCAUGUUGAAACAGCUGUAUCCUGAAGACUGGAUGAUCACGCCCAUGAUGAGCUGGUCCCUGUAUCAAAUGGCCGUCACUAAGUACAAAGAAAAUGAGACCCAGAGUAGCUCCAUCUAUAACCAAAACUCACCUACUAAUCCGCAGGUUAGCUUUGAAUGGCUUAAAAAUAUAACAUCCAAAGGCUUGGAACUGUUCAACUCUUCCUUCUUACCUUUAUUCAUUUAGCCUUCUCCCAUGCUCCUCGUGUAGUUGGUAUUUUCACCACACA